GAGAGAGAAUAGUAGGUUGGACCAAUAGUGAGGACAAAACUCCAAAGGACUAGAGAGAGAAAGAGAGUAGUACCAAAACUGCAGAAAAGGACGAAAAUCAGUUUCGUACAUUUUGAUGUAGUAAAACUGAUCUAGAGAGAGAGAGAGAGAGAGUGGGGAAUUCUAGAGAGAGAGGCAACCUCUGGGCUCAGGCUCGGAGAGGAGUGCCAGUAGUGUGUUUGGUUUUGUCAAACUAAAAACUAUUGAGAUUGGCAUGCACACACUUUCUUCUUUAUAAGGCCACCAAUACCCAGCCCUUUUCUCAAUUUUUUCUCUGCUCCUUCUUCCCUCCUUUGCUCUUUCUUUUGUUCUGUGUCAAUUGAAAAAGCAGAGUGAAAAAACAUAAAGACACUCAAAAACAGAGCAUAUUUCUGAAUGUAUAAACACAAUUCUUUAUGCAUUUCAGUGGCAAGUCUUUACUUCGCCUCUGAUCUUGAUUUUAUGUAUUUCAUGCAUUCAGAUUAUGAUGAAAUUUGAAGUUUUCUUUCUCUUUGAUGUUAGAGUUUCAUUCAUGGAGGCUACAGAGAUUUAGGAUGGCUUUCCCAAUGUCAACAGAUUGACCAUUUUUUUUUUUCUGUUACUUUUUCUUUUAAUUUGUUGGGAAAAAAAGCUACCCUUUUGUGCUAAUUUUGAAGCUUUUUUAUUUUCUUUUUACACAAUCAAGUGAUUGACGAGUAUGUUUCAUUUUGAUUUCUUAAACUCACCUUCACUGACGGUUUCUUCUUCUUCAUCUUCUUCCUCUUUGGAAUAAUUAUUCGAUAAAUUUGCCUGAAUUUAAUUUGAUUUAGAGUGAGUAAUGCUGAGAAAUAGAUCUAGAGCCGUGACCAGUAAGCAAAAGCAACCUAAUAUGGCUGAGAACAUCUCUCCUUCCCAAAAUCACACCAGACCACCCAUUUCUUCCUUCUUUGGUUCUCCGAGAUUUUUCAGUGGUUUUUUGGGAAAUGGUCACUCUGAGACAGAAACCACUAUGAGUCCAACUUCAAUUCUUGAUUGUAAAACAUCCCCUACUUUUGCAAACCCAUUUGGAUAUGAUAGAAAUUUGUCUAAAUUCUCAAAUACUACUUUAUCAGAAGACAGACGCUCAUGGGAAAGUAGUUCAGAUCCCAAAGGCAUUGGUGUUGCUCUUAUUGACUCACACGGUGAUGAAACAGCUCAUGAUGACAAUAUCUCCAAACCCAAUAAAAAAAUGGUCUUGUUUGGAUCAAAGCUUAAGAUUCAAAUCCCUCCUCUUCCAUCCUCUGCUCUUUCUCCAGCUGACUCCCCCAAAUCCCCUGCCGAUUUCGGAAUCAAGACCCAGAAUUCACAAUUUUCUGGUUCUUUAUCUCCACUUGGGUCUUUGAAUUCUGGAAUCCAAACAGGGGAUUCUCCUAAGGCUUCUCCUAUUGGCUCUCUGUCAAUAAGUGAGAUCGAACUUUCCGAGGACUAUACAUGUGUAAUCUCUCAUGGCCCAAAUCCUAGAACCACUCAUAUAUAUUGUAACUGUGUUGUUGAGAACUGUUGCGGUGUUGUUAAAUUGUCUGAAUUGAGAAAUGACUCUGUUUCUUUAUCCGAUAAGCUGAAUUCUCCAUCUGACAAUUUCCUUAGCUUCUGUCACACUUGCAAGAAGAAUCUUGAGCAGGGCCAAGACAUUUACAUGUACAGAGGUGAGGAGGCCUUUUGCAGCCCCGAAUGCCGGUGCCGAGAAAUGCUAUUCGACGGAGUGGAGAAUUCAGAUUUGGUUGAUGUUUUUGGAACUCAAUCAUCUCCAUGAAGAAGACUUACAAUUUUCCAUACUUUUGAUCUGUGACUUCUCUUCUAGGGACCAUUAAUUGAUACAAUCAAUGUGGGUGGUUGUUCUGUCAAUUUCUUUGUUUUCUUUUUCUUUUUCUUUUUCGUUUUUUUCUUUCUUUCAAUUUUGGUCUUUCCUUUUUGUCCUCUCCCCUGCAUAUACAGAGAUAAGAGAGGGUGAUAUAUAAUGUAGAAAUUUGUUUUUGUUGAAAUAAUGACUAGAUGUGGUUGCUUUGCU